UUUCAGAAAGUUUUGGCACCAUAGUUUAACUUUGACUCUAUAGGAUUUUCAGUCAGCGUGACCCCGUUCCACUCCUGUGCUUUAUUACUCUGACUCUUUUACGAUCUGUUUUUCUUUUUUCUUUUAAACAGAGUUACUGUAGAGAAACUGGAGGAAUUAAAGCUGCAGGAUGUUAAAGACGGGUGAAAUAGUGAGAAGGAGCGGAUAGUCAGAGGCGAGAGGAGGAUAAUGAAGAGGAAUGUGACGGGUGGGGCACUUGUGGUAUGUCAGCCCUGCGCUGUGUGCGUCUUGUGUGUGAGAGAGCCCAAACAGCCUGCCGCGGCUCGAUAUAUGUUCUGUAAAGGUGCAAAGCGGAAGUUGGAAGAGGAUGAAGAGGGCCUGGAAGGCAAAGCGCUGGAGGCGUCGGUGGCGGGAGCGGGGGUAGGCAUUGCCUCGGAGGGUCUUUCCAAGGUGUCCUACACCCUUCAGAGACAGACCAUCUUCAACAUCUCCCUGAUGAAGCUCUACAGCCAGCGGCCGCUUGGCGAGCCCAGCCUGGAGCGCCGCGUCCUCAUCAACAACAUGCUACGCCGCAUACAGGAUGAGCUCAAGCAGGAGGGCUCUCUGCGGCCGCUGUUCCUGCCGCCCUCGCCGCCGCCUGAUGACCCCAUGGACGAGGGGUUCCGCGAGGCGCCGCCGUCUUUCGGCAUCCUGCCCCAACCAUCCGCGCUGUUGAUGCCGGCAAUUCCUCCGCCACCUUCGCCCCACCCGAUGGUGCCUCCCAGCUGCCCGGUGCCCCAGCGCUUGGAAGACUCUGCCGCGCCCGUGGACGCCUGCCUCACUCCGGCCUCACUACUGGAAGAGGAUGGUGGGAAUUCAGCAUUCUGCGCGCCGUCUCCACCCACACCUCCUCUGUCUCCGCCCCCGCUAACUCCAUCGUCGGUGCUAAUGAGCAAGAUGUCCUCUAGUGUGACGGUCCUAUCAAACGACAGUUUCUCAUCCUCUCCGAGUGACAUGGAGUUGGCUCCUCCCACCACCAUUACACGGACAGCAGCCGCUAAUACUAUGACCAUAACUACCUCCCCCCCUCCGUCCCCUUUCUCAUCACCCACAGGCUCCACCAGAGACUGCAGGACAAUGGGUGCUAAGCCAGAGGCAGCUGCUGUUUUCCUGCCUGCACAUUCCCCUGCUAGCCUGGAAGACAUUUCCCCCUCGCCUUCGUCCCCUUCUUCUUCGGGUUUUCUCUCAGACUUGGCGCUGGACGACGUCCUGUUUGCCGAUAUUGACACGUCCAUGUACGACUUUGACCCUUGCACCACAGCGGGGGCCGUAGGUGUCACAGCCGGCGGCGGCGGCCUCACCAAGCUUUCGCCAGUGGUGAAUGCCGACGACCUCCUCAAAACUUUGGCGUCGCCGUACAGCGGCUCCGCCCCCCAGGUUUCAGCCAAUCAGCCUUUUAAAAUUGAUCUGACAGAACUGGACCACAUAAUGGAGGUGCUGGUGGGGUCGUGAUUCAGCGACAGCCUGACCUCCACCUGCGAAACUUUUUAUGAACCUGGAGAAACAGACUGGAUGGAAAAAUUUGGGAUUGCUUUUGUUUUUAUCUCUUUAAAAGACUUUUUCUUCUAAGGUCGGUAAUUGUAAACAUCGAAGGUGAUGUCAACUAGUACUACUAUGACAACUACUACUUCUACACAACACUGUUCGUGCACUGUGCUCGCCUUUCCAGGUGUGGAAGUGAAGUAACGAGGAAGCAAAGCAUACUCACUGCAAAAACAAAAGUAUUUUGGGUCUAGUUUCUCGUUCAAAUAUCUUGGUAUACUUGAAAUGAGGCAAAACUAACUCACAGGUAACUUUUCACAAAGAAAUGAGCUUAUUUUAAGUAAAUAAUUUCUUAAUAUUGAUUUAAAAAGUUCUCGUUCCAUUGGCAAAUUAUUACAAAGACAUUUUCCCAUGUUGGAAGGAGAAUAAUCUGCCAGUGGAACAAAAACCUUUUUCAAAAAGCCCAACCCCGUUACCUAGCAACUCAAGUACUCCAGUGCAUUUGGUCAGCUGGAAAACACUUGCUGCAUUCUUUUUAAAGUUGUUCAGGCUUUUCGUCUGCUUUUCAAAGAUGUAUGGUUGUAAAAUUGCACAUCGUUUUGAAGCCAUUUUCACUUGCGAUUGUAAACGUUGACCAGCAGCACCAUUUUUGAUUUAAAGUGACAGAGCCCUAAAAUAGCUCAUUCUGAAAGGAGCUAAAGUAAACAGAACUUGCCAGAUCAAAAAAAAAAUUUGUGUAAACAUGAAAUUAACAUGUUUUGUAUAUUUUAUAGAUCUAUCCUGACCGUUCAAGGAAGCAUAGUGGGGCACUUUUAGGGAAUUAUUUACUUAAAUCAAGCGCCUAUAUGUUAAUGCAUAGUCACUUUAUAAUUUUAUAUCAAGUGUACCAAGAUAUUUGCACUAUGAACUACACUAAAAAUGGUAAGGUUUUGUGUUUUUGUAGUGCACAGAAUUUGUAUAUCUAUACUUGUGAGGAACUUUAUGAAUUUCCUUUCUAGUCCUUUACCUGAAGCUAAGCCUUAACCCUUAAGAGUAACUGUAAAUAUUUCUAUUUUUAAUCCUUGUGGGGAUAUGCACUCCUCACAGGUACAGAAAUACAAAACAAACAUAUACAUACACACACUGUAAUUAUGGCUUUUAGCAGCUGAGUGCCUUUCAAAUGACCACUUAUUCAGUUCCUGGUUUUCACAGUAUUUUUUAUCCGCUCUUCUCACUUUAACAGCCCACUGAGGGUCACAUGAUGUUUUUAAUUUAUUAUAUUGUAUUAAAUUUUGUUGAGGUAAUUUUACAUGAUCAAAUGAUAAUUAUUUAAUUUUUAUCUUAUUACAGAUACAAUGUUUUAAUUGUAAAGCAAGCAUUUAAGGUGGAAGACAUUGUUUUAUUGGUGUCUAUGGGGUGCCAAAAGUGACAAGAUGUAGUAAAUAAAUAGUCUGGUAAAUUAUUUUAUUUUCAGUAGGGCUGAAAUUAUCAAUUGGAUUAAUCACAAUAAAUAUAAACUCAAAAAGGCUAAUUGCUGAAAAAAGAAAACAUUCUCAGAUGAGUAAGCCAAAAAUGUACAAAAAACAAACUCUUAAGAUUUAAGAAAACUGUUUUUCUGUAAAUAUGUUCGAGAUAAAACUCCUCAAGUAGCUGUAGUUUCACCUAGUUCAAGUUCAGUAAAAAAUAAAUUUAAAAAAUAGCAGCUUUUAAGCACCUUUUUCUCUAAUUAUUGAUUGGUUAAUCCCAAAAUAAACAGGUACGUCCUAUACUGCAUAGAUGCAAUAUUGAGCAGAAAGGGCUGAGAUUUUCAUACGUUGAUGCUAGAAGUAUGUUUUAGCUGCAGAUUUAUCGUUUGCUACAAAUGAGCCAUGUAUUUUAUUGCAUUUUAGGCACUAAACUGUUGAUUGAACAGAAUAGUUUGCUAAUUUGCAUCUUCUAUUAUAUUCCUAAUAUUAUAUAAAAAAAGCUUAAGUAGUUAAAUGAAAAAUCUGGAGAAUGUGCCAGUCUUUUUCUUUGAUCAAUGUUGCAGCCCUGACAUAAAUAAAUAUAACCAUAAUUAUUGAAAUAAAAUACAAAAGGGUGCUAUUAAAAUGUAAUUAUGUCUGAGUAUUAUAGUCCAAUGUAGACCAAAACGUGCUGGGUAUUAUGUUUGUUUUAUUUAUCACAUUUUGGCACAUUUGGACCUCCAUAGAUUUCCACAUUAGCCUGGCUCUGCAAUAAUGCUUUAGGAGUAGCUCUAAACACAUCACCAGGUUGUUGUUUAAACUUUUUACUAGAAGGGAGCGUAUGUUUGUGUACACAUGUCUACGAAUUCAAUGCCAGGCUUUCUGGGGUUUUUUUGUUUUUGAAAUGUUACUUUUUUUGCCCUUCUAGCCCUCUGUACCUCUGCUUGUCUUCAUAACUUAUACACAGUCGUAAUACAACUGCUGGUUGUUGUUUUACAUGAGCUCGGUUAUAUGAGCCAGUUAUCACGAACCAGUUGCAGAGGUAUUCAAACGAGCUGCACCCACUGGUAACACUGGUUUACACUCGAAGAAAUAAGCAGCCGUCUCCCCAGUCCCAGUUGGACGUAGAUGAUCUGGAAAAGCUCCAAAGUUGAUGCAUUUAUUUAUUUAUUUUUGGCAGAAAACAUUAUGAUUUGGUAACAGCAGGGCUUACAGUAUUACUCACACUCCCCGUUUCUACGGGGUUUGUUUACAUGUGUUAGUAAUAGGUAGCCUGAAAUGCUAGCUAGCAAGCAGUCCUGCUACUUCUCCAAUAGACCCAAUGUUAGCGGGAGAGCUAAAAGUAUCACGGAAGAAAUUUGAAUUGAGAUUUCCACGGAAGUGGGAAACCAAAACCACAGCGUUGACCUGAUGUUUCAGCCAUGCACUGUGGUGCAUUAAAACUAUGUUUGUCACAAAGCCUUACAAAUCUAAAUAUAAUCUAUUAAAUGAAACCUUUUUGCAUUUCUUUCAAAUUCAGGAUGUCAGAAGCAGCAUUUCUGAACACUUUUGGCACUUUUCCUUUGCAUGGAACAGCCCAAAAAGUUAGGUGUUUGGUUUUCACUCCAGUUAGCGCCACUUUUUACUGACCUGUAAACUAUGGCAAUGCAACAGUGACAACAACAAAGCCAUCUAUCCUUGGCAUUUUCUCUGUUUUAGCUGAAAGCUUAAAUCGUUGCAGGGCUUGAAGGGCUCGAUUGGAGGUAGAGGCAGCUUACAAAACGGGCAUUUUGCAGAAACACUAAUCUGGUUUUGAAUGAUGACUUUCAAUUGAGAUUUAAUAAUUUGCCUUUCAAAACUGUCCACUUGUAUCUGAAUCUCACAGGAUUAAUUAUUUACACCUCACUGCCAGUGUAUAGCCAGUAGAUGGCGCUGUAUUGUACAAUGCAAUCCUGAAUGGAAUCCUGCCAAGACUUCUUGUUUCGACUACUACUUAAAUGUAAUUAACAUUACAGGGGGCGCUGUGGAGCAAAUUUUUGCAGUUUCAGAGAAUAUUUAAGCCAUUCAAACUGCAAAUUUUCAGAAUGAAGACAAUAAUAACUUUAAAUAUCAACAGACUGUUACACCACCUUUUGUGCUACUGACAGCUUCUGAAAAAGAAAGUAAACAGCUAAUAUGCAAAAACCCUUGAGAACUCAAACCAAAAUUAGAAAGUCUGAAUGAAUGAAGUGAUUAUUAAAUACUGGAUUAAAGUGAGAAGAAGAUAUUGUAAAAGUCAAUUUUGUAGCAUUGUCAGUAAAUGCUAAAGCUGUUCGGGAAAACAAUAGUGUGACGCUACCUGAAAUUGAAAACCUCAUCAAUCUGAGCUGCACCAUGUAAUGGAACUGUGCCAAUCAGAGCUACGUUCCAAAGGGAGGGUUCAAAAGACAGUUAAGAGAUUUAUUUUAUCUUAAAAUAAUUAUCAGACAUCUGGAGAAGCCCUUGUGUCCAACGGUGUUUCAGAGGAUGUAGGGGGGUGUAAAUUCUGGGUUCCCUGGGAGAGUAUUUGCUCAGAUGUGAGUCAAGAGCCACGUUAUGCUGUUUGCAGACGACUGUGUCUUGUUUCUUUCUGUGUGUUUUAAAUUUUUUUUGGAGUGCUUUUGUUUAAUUUCCAUUGAAAUUAUUUAUUCAUCUUGGGUUUUUUUUUUUAGUCUUUUCUGUGUAAAUAUAUUUAUUUUUGAUGUGAAGUGGACACAUGGAUUGUAAAUGUGUGUACAGAAUGUGUGUUAGGAAUGUACUUUUAGAUAGGAAUGUAUCAGAGUGUGAAAACUGGGUGGAAGCCAUUUUUUUUAUAUACAUAGGUUGUCAUCUUCUGUUGGUUUGUUGCGUUCUGGAUUUUAUUUUUUCUUCUGGUGGGGUGGCCACAACUUUUUAUAUCUUUUGUACUUUUUGUUUUUGUUCAUCAUUUUCCGGUUGAAGGCAAACAGUUCACAUUCAAGCAGCAAUAUUUAAAGAAAACGGUCUCAAACCUACAGAUGUCAAGACUCCAAAGCCUAUCAUGGAUGCUUUCAUGCCAAAAGUAAUGUACAUAGUAUGACCAACAUUCAAGCUCCUAAGACUUUUCAAUCAGUGUUUGUCACCAAAUCGGUUUAAUUGCGUCCAAGCGUGCGGCGGAUUCCCUCAACACGGCCUGUAACUCGCAGACCUCAGCGCUGUGCCUUUUUCUAUGCAACAAAACAAACACGGAGAGAGAAAUUAUCAGCUGAUCACUGUAUCGGUGGGUCUGUAGAAAAUAAAAUGCUCAGCUUCACAGCUGUUUAUGAACUGAAAACGGUCUUACUUUUGUAGUUUUAUAUAUAUAAAUAUAUAUAUAUAAAUAUACAAUAAAGUGUAAAAAGUA